AUGACGGUGAAGAAACGGCCUUCGGACUUGACAAGUUUGGAGCGAUUUAACUUGUACUACCGCGAGAAGGAGCCGCCCCUGACCGCGGGGCAGAAGGCGAAGCGGUUCAUCUGGAACCCGAAAACGAAGCAGUUCUGCGGCAGAACGGCAUCCAGCUGGUCGAAAAUAUCACUGUUCUACUUCAUCUUCUACGCCGCUCUGGCGAUCCUCGUGGCCAUAUGUAUGUGGACCUUCUUGCAACUGCUAGACGCGCGGCAGCCCAAGUGGCAGUUGGAGGGUAGCAUAAUAGGCACCAACCCGGGACUCGGCUUCCGACCCACGCCACCGGAGGUAGCCAGCAGCGUCAUCUGGUACAAGGGGAACGAUCCAGGCAGCUAUCAGUUCUGGGUUAGGGAGCUGUCGAACUUUUUGAAAGUGUACAAACGCGACGGGAAGAAAGCGGGCGCCGGUCAGAACAUCCACAACUGCGACUUCAAGCUGCCCGCGCCGGCGGGAAAAGUGUGCGACGUGGACAUCAGCGCGUGGGGGCCGUGCGUCGAGGACAACAGCUUCGCGUACCACAAGUCCACGCCGUGCGUCUUCCUCAAGCUCAACAAGAUAUUCGGCUGGAAGCCGGUGUUCUACAACAGCUCGGACACACUCCCGCAGAUGAUGCCCGAUGACCUGAAGGAGCACAUCAGGAAUAUGACCGCCUACGACAAGAACUACCUCAACAUGGUGUGGGUGUCUUGCCAAGGGGAGAACCCAGCCGACCGUGAGAACAUCGGGCCCAUCCAGUACCUGCCAUACAGGGGAUUCCCGGGCUACUAUUUCCCGUACACAAACCAGGAGGGAUACCUGAGCCCCUUAGUGGCUGUUCAUCUGCAAAGACCAAAGACCGGCAUGCUGAUCAACAUCGAGUGCCGCGCGUGGGCGCACAACAUAGUGUACGACCGCCACGAGGGCAUGGGGUCCGUCCACAUCGAAAUUAUGAUCGAA